AAGGAACUUCUAGCUUGUCUUUUGCUCAAUCGUUUCCUUUCACGGUGAGUAAAACCACGGAGCUGGAUGCCAAAGCUGGAGCUGUUGGGACAUCGGCAGGAGAGGCUUGGAGGAGCUGCAAUUACCUGGAGACUUAGGAAUACUCAGCAAGACUUGCACUGAGCCACAGGAGUCCCUGCAAGAAAACCCACCAUCGUCUUCAUAUCUGCUUCUGCUGGCUGUCGAGGAGGCGCCAUGAAUCCUGGCCUGCCUUGGAUCAUUCCUCUUGGAUGUGUGCUGCUGCUGACAAAGACAGCUCAGAGCUUUAUCUUGCCCAACUCGAGUCACCUGGAGAGCAUCCUGAGUAAAUACCAGCAUGGGGAAGGUCACUCCAGAUCCAAGAGAGCCAUUUUAUUCUCAGACAGACAGGAGAUACUGAUGCUCCACAAUAAAUUGAGAGGUCAGGUGUAUCCAGUGGCCUCUAACAUGGAGUACAUGACCUGGGAUGAGGAGCUGGAGCGGUCAGCGCACGCUUGGGCUCAGGAGUGCAUCUGGGACCACGGGCCCAGUGACCUCAUCAGGUCAAUUGGGCAGAACCUGGCGGUUCACUGGGGCAGGUAUCGAUCUCCAGCGUUCCAUGUCCAGUCUUGGUAUGAUGAAGUGAAGGAUUACACAUUCCCAUAUCCUCACGAGUGCAACCCGUGGUGCCCAGACAGGUGCACAGGUGCCAUGUGCACGCAUUACACCCAGAUAGUCUGGGCCACGACCAACAAGAUUGGCUGUGCUGUGAACGUCUGCAAGCAGAUGAAUGUGUGGGGAGAGAUCUGGGAGAAUGCUGUCUACCUGGUCUGCAACUACUCCCCCAAGGGCAACUGGAUCGGAGAAGCUCCGUACAAGACUGGCCGUCCCUGCUCCGAGUGCCCGCCGAGCUAUGGGGGGAGCUGCCAGAACAACCUCUGCUACAAAGAUCACCGUUAUGAAGAUCCCAUCAUUGCUGAGACAGAUGAGACCAACGAGGUGGAGAUUUUGCAGGUGGCGGAGCAGAAGCCGGUGCGGUUCCGCCCUCCGGAAAACAAGCUCAGCAAAUCCACCAAGCCCAAGAAAAUCAUCCCAGAAUCCUACAUGACACAAGUCAUUACCUGUGAAACCAAGAUGAGAGACAAGUGCAGAGGCUCAACAUGCAACAGGUAUUUGUGCCCAGCUGGCUGCUUGUACAGUAAGGGAAAGAUCUUUGGAACAUUUUAUUACGAGAGUUCUUCCAGCAUAUGUCGUGCUGCAAUCCAUUAUGGAAUCCUGGACAAUAAAGGAGGGCUGGUGGAUAUCACGAGGAAAGGAAGGACACCCGCUUUUGUGAAGUCCACCAGGAACGGUGUGGAGUCGUUCAGGAAAAGCAAACCUUCAAAUGCAUUCAUGGUUUCCAAAGUCACAACACAGACUCUGGAUUGUUACACCACAGUAGCUGAGCUGUGCCACUUCAAAAAGCCAGCGAGCCACUGCCCAAGGAUUUAUUGCCCGGCCCACUGUAAGGAUGAGCCGUCGUACUGGGCACCGGUGUUUGGCACCAACGUUUACGCGGAUAGCUCCAGUAUCUGCAAAACUGCAGUGCACGCAGGGGUCAUUUCGGAUGAAAGAGGCGGCUUUGUGGACGUGAUGCCUGUAGAAAAGAAGAAAGCUUACGUUGGCUCCCUAAAGAACGGCGUCCAGUCAGAGAGCUUGAAGAAUCCUUCAGACGGGAACGCCUUCCGAAUCUUUGCUGUGAAGCAGUAAACCCCCAGGGAAGGUGCAGGUUUCUUUGGGAGAGCGCUCUGUUGAUCUCCGGAGACGCCAAAGCUCCUCUGAACAGCAUCAGCUCUGCCCGUACCCUCCUUGCCAAUCUCCUUCAGGGAACUCCAAAAGAAAAGGGGAAAAAAGAACCCCAAAAAAGACCCCAGGUUCUGACUCAGCUGUUGGCAUCUCAUCGCACCUGUGCAGCGUUGUAUCUUUUCGUCUCGUGUUUUUGUUUCUCUAGGGGCAUUCAGUGACCAUAAACUGUUCUAAGUUUCAUUUUACCAGAGGUGUUGCUACACAGAACAGCGGCGGCUCCAUGUGCAGCAGAUGCAGGGAUCUCAGCCUGGCCCUGGAUGGUGUUUUUAGGGUGUGAAGCUUCUCCUGGGAUGGGUGUGAGGAUGAGCGUGGCCAAGCGGACUUGGGAGUGAGUGGCUGUCCAGGCGCUGGACACUUUGAAAUGAGAAACUCAUUGAGAAGUUGCAUCGUUUGGGGAGAGGAUGGGCUUAGAUAGAGUGGUUUUGUGUAUGUUGGAUGGUUUCUGUGCAAAAGAGGAUAAAAUGUGGUGUUUUCCCACCGAGGUGGUGUGCAGCAGCACCGCUGUGUGAGGCUGCUGUGGCACCAUGGCAGGGUACCUCGAACCAGGGUGGUUGGGGUCGUUCUUGGCAGCCAAAAUCAAGGUUUUAUGGGCCUGGAGCAGGGUGUAAAAUGGUGGCAGAGAUCCUCACUGCAGAAAAUGAGGCCACCAGAUAAUCCAAAGAGCAGGUUUAGUGUUUGCUGGUCAAACACUCCCAGGUAUUUUGCAAGUCUGGCAACCUCUGAGAAGUCAGAGAAUUUGGGCUCCUGUGCUGGCACAUCUCAUCCUAUACUCCACGCCAUAACUUCAGUUAAAUGCAGUGUAUUGGUUUAUACAGCAGUGCUGGUUGUUUUAUAGUAGUUAAGUAGUGAUAAAAUUAAUCUUAUUUCUGCUAGGAAUGGUUGCAUCUGUAGGAAGCAGGGUCACUUUUCCUUUGUGAAGCUCCUUGUGGUGUGUGCAGUUUUGAGACUUUAAAGAUAUGACAUAAAUUGGGGUAGAUUAAUUUUUCCUGUCCAGUUUGUGAAGCCAACAGAUGCCCACUUUCAGUGUAAAUGCUGUACCCGUGAGCAUUUGCUAUCCAGGAUGGUGGGUUUUGCAAAACUCAUAGGUGUUGUAAUGAUGAUAUUCCAUAUUUUGAUAUUUCUGUCAUGACGUGCACCCAAAUGCAUUUCAAAGUGAAGAGAAGGGCCUAGCAUGGCCUGCUUUCUUAAGGCAGAAGAAUGUUCUCUGCUUCACAUUGGAAAUUAAUUUUUAGGAUUGGUCUAAACACAAAUCUGGUGAGUUUUUUUACACAAACGUCCAGUAACUUCAUCAGUCAUGAGAAGACAAGGUCAAGAGUAGUUCUUCAGUUCUUGUAAAUGCACAGUUCUUCUGCUCAAUAACUGAAUUGUAAUAUUGGAUAACAAGUUGGGGGAGUAUUUCCCUCUAUCUGGCAGAUGUCUCACAGCUGCUCUUACACCCAGAACAUAUUUGGUUUAAUCUAGGCAGAUACAAGAGCCAUCUCAUCAAGCUCUUUCAAAACAGAGACCAAAAGCAUUUAUAUGAUUACACACUUCUUUAAUUCUGUAAACACCAUGAAAUCAGCAAGGAAAUGACAUUUAAAUGGCAUUUGUCACUCAGUUUGUCUCACCACUGGGGAUUAUUUCUCCGUAAAAUCUGAAUUUGAAAAGAGACCUUUCGUAAAAUCUGAAAUUGGAGCUGUUUUGCAUUGUCUCAAAAAAUACUGCACAGAAAACCUACUUUUGGGUUGGAUAGAGAGAAGUGACUCUUCGUGUCGUCUUUGUUUAUGUAGUAUCGUCUUCCAAGGUGUACAGUAUUGACUUUAGAUAGGAAAGCCGACCUAUUUCUUUUUCUUACUAAGUAAAUCGAUGUUAAAAACAGCUGGAACAUAUCCUAGAAAAGCUGCUGGUUGGGAGUGUUUGAGAUGUUGGCAGUGAGGAAAAGCUUCCCUGUUUCUGCCCACUGUGAAACAUGUGCAUGGUCUGGUUCAAGCCCAUCCAACACUGCAGCAAGGAUCUGGGACAUCCUGGGCCAAAUGGGCUAUGAAUUGAAUUGGAGAGAGUGAGAGAUGCAGUCAGGUUCAUGGGGACUGCAAAAGCACAUAAAACACCUCGAUGUUAAUGUAGAAUCCAUGAAAAUUACAGAUGGAAGGUGAUGGAAAGAAAUGUGAGGGCUCUUGGAGUAAAACCCAGGGGAUUACUGUGAGCACAUAAAAAUCCAAACAGCUGGGGAUGUACCUAGGUGACGAAGAGGGGACAAGGGAAGGGUUAUUAUUCCAACAGAAAUAUCCUAAAAUCCUUAAUUCAAGUUACAAUUGCGUAUUUUUGUCUUCAGCCAACUGGUUUGGAUUUCUAGAAACCGAUGUUAAUUUAAGUCUGUAUCUGUUUAUUUUUAUACUUGUUGUACAAAAGAGAAAUUGUGACUUUACUACACAAAUAUUAUUCAAGGUCCUGGGUGCUAUUAAUUUAAACAUACCUCCACCAGAAUUAGGGGCGAUCAGGUCCUCCAAGGCAGUCAUGACCUAUCAAUGACUUGCAAUCACGUGUGCUAGCUAUUCAUAAAUAGGUGGGACAGUACCAGUUUUUAGCCAAAUAUUGACAGAUUUUAUUUCUGAUACCAAAACACUUCUCAUCCUGCUAUAUUUCAGUGCAGCUUCAUGAUGCAUCACGUCCGUAUCUCACCAGGCCCGUUCCUCCUCAGCCCCAGCUCAGCAGAUUUGUAGGCACCUGAAGCAUCCAGGUGCAGCCUGCUUAAACCCUCGGCAAAGCUGAUGCUGCCUGGUUGUUCUUUUCCAAUCAUUUGGGAUUUGGAAGCAAUGACAUUGUCAUUGCAGAACAUCUGGCUCAGCCAAAUCUCCAGGAAACACAAGCAGGCUGAAAUCCAGAGCGCGGCGCUUCCCCUGCCGCCGCUGUGCUGGGGGGCCUUGGCUCCACUCUUUCCUUCUUUCAAAGACCUUCAGCCAACAUCUGGUUGAGGAGGCUCCAGCUGGUCACUUGUGCAGUCUAAAUAUUUAGGGCCAGUUCAUAGAAUUGCUUUUUUUUUUUCUAUGAAAAAUGAUGUAUUUUACUUCCUAUGUAUAAAAGUUACAUGUAAAUUUUUGUGUGCCUUUGCAUGUUUAUCAAGGGGCCGUGGUUGUUUAUAAACUAGAUUUUUUUUUUUUCUAAAUACCGAAUUGUAAAAUAUCUUUCCUCCCUACCCCUCCAUUUUCUUUUGAUUUAUGAAUUAUUUGUGAAAUAAAACCUUCCCAAAAUGAA